AUGUCGGACGCCGAAGAAUUGAAUGCUGAAGAAGAGAUUGAACAGGAGGAAAAUCAGAAGUCUGAAAAUGAAGAACAUCAAAAAUCUGAAAACGAAGAACGUCAAAAGUCUGAAAACGAAGAGCAUCAAAAGUCUGGGAACGAAGAACAAGAAAGUAGAAAUGAAGAAAAUCCUGAGGAACCCGAAGAAGAGGUUUGUAUCUGA